GUCUUCCCGAAAAAAAAAACUUUAGGGUGGUUCCCUUGGAUUUGUGAUUCGCCUCCUGUCACUCCAACUAUGAGUGUUCCAUAGUGCCUCAAAGAACCAUUUUUUGGUAAUUACUGAUCAAACAAAUUUUUUUCAAAACAGUGCAAGGUUUUCCGAAGGAAACCACAGUGCAUACAUACUUCACCUCCCCCAAAACAUAAAUGCCGAUCAAAACGACCUGUUCCCAUACUUCAGAAGAAGGAAGUUGAAUGGCUUCUAUAUUCUCACUAUCAUUCGUACAAAUACAUUCAUAAGAACCUCCUGGAACUACGGAGGGUUAGUAAUCAGAAACAAUUCACAUCAUUCUUGGGUACGACUUCAAUCACAUAAUGCCUGUGACGGAGGGGGGAAGGGUCUGGUUACUACAAUCAGUGACGGUUUGGGCCGGAGAAGAAAAAAUUGAGAAAAAAGUGAGCGCCUACGAUUUAGCGAUCUUUGAGUGAAAAGUCGUAACAGCAGGAAAAUGCAACUUAAACUAGUUGCAGAUACUGUUUCAACGUCGACUGAAGCUAAUGGCACUCCUCCAUUACCACGUCUGUGGGCCCAAACGGUUCACUAGAAAUUAGCAAUCAUCAAUGAACAAUUAUCGGGGUCCUCAUCCGUGCAUCUUCUCUGAAAAUUAUAAGAUGGUUCCUCAUAACACAAUGUACCAUAGGGCAUAAAUUCUCCAGGAAUAUCUCAAAACUUCUGAACUGACGAGGAACUUGGUGCAUAAUUGAGUGUACUCAUCCAAUGGAGUCUCGGAGUUGGCUUGGUUUGUCAACCUUUGAUCGCCGCGUUUGAAGGCAUCUGGAUCGUUAAUAGACUCAUCAUCUCCCGUAUGAUGAGAGGAGGUCCAACUCAAUUGGUCGACGGUUACAGGAGUAUGAAUGAGCAGCCCAUUCGUGAUCAGAUAGCAAAAAGGACCAAGAGGCGCUAGACGCUACAUUCAACAAGUCACUUCAAACAUCGUGGGGAAAAUCACAUAACAACUCCUGAUGGGCAUUUUUAAGAUCUACUUGAAAGAUUGCUGGACAGUAACCCGGUCUCUGAAAGGUGUUGGAACAAUCCAAGAUCCGGCACAUGAGAUCGACCGCUCGUCUCAAAGAAAAGUUCACCUGGUAGCUUCGGCGGUUCACUUCUACCCAGGCUUUAUUGAAAGGAGAACAUGAGCUCUCACAGCCCUAGGAGCUAGACAGGCUCGUGGAUGAAUGCACAACCGGACAAGGCGGUGAGGACUCCGUCGAGUUAUAGUGAAGUACAAAAAUUGGGGUGAUGUGCGGAAUCGAUGGUGUCCUUGAUGAUCCAAAGAACCCAUCGAAAAGUAUGGAAUAAAGCUGGAUGAUAUAUCGGUUUCUCCAAACGUGAUAGAGACCGUCAUGGACUUUCACCAAGACCAAAACUUUAUAACUGACAUCAACACAUUCACUUUCAAGAGAGUGAUAUUGCCGCUAAAAGAAACCGCGCUAAAUAUCUCCCGCCAUCUCUUUGGCUCAGCUUUUCGACACUCGCUAUAUCAAACUCUUCUUUUACUAACAACAAACUUUGGAUCGAGAAGUUUUACUUUUUCAGAUCAAAUGAAAUAACGCAUCUUCCUUCUGCUUUGUUUCUCUAUUCACAAGACUGUAUGCUCGGAGCCAUGAGCAAAUAAUGAACCAAGUUACAAGUGAUAUAUCCAGCAAUCGAAAAAUCACGGAAGCUGAGUCUAACAACGAUACUCAAUUUGAAAACGAUUGCGAGUUCUUGCCAGUUGAGCCCAGUAUUGGGAAAUCAAGCAGCAGAGUCGUCAAACUCAUAGCAAGAAGCGCAGAAGACGACGUACCUACGCCGCGAAUAUCGCAUCGUGAAACAAUCACGAAUUCCAGAGACCAAAUCUCAGAAAGUUCGCGAUCUUUACUUCCCAAUACAUGUUACCCCAAGGACUUCAUUCGAACAAAUACUCUCGCUGCCACUAGAAACUCUGCAAUUCAGCGCGCACCAGAGCCGAACGAGGAUUGGGAUCCAGCACCCUUGUCAUUAGGAUCCAAAUACAAGACUGAAAAACUUAACUUUGGCAAAGGACAGAGCCGUGGGAAAACCCUAGCUUCCGCAGAUUGGCACCAGCAGGCAAAUUUACAAGCUAGAACACGUCUUCCAGAUAGCCCAAUUCGUAGAAUAGGAAACACGUUUGGUCAUAACUCGUCGCUCAGAAUCUGCGAACCCACGGAGAUAGUCCCUUUGACAUUCCCAGGCUCACACAUCUGGAACACGGUCGAUAAACUACAGACGACUGCGCCUCAAACAGAAGAAGACAUGGAACUCAAGCCAUCCAGACGAAAUGAAUACAGGCGAAUUGAUCGGCUUCUUAAGGAAGACGUUCUACCUUCCCAGGAAAUAAUCGAUGAAUACGAGACAUCGUACGGGGAAUCAAUUCCUGUGAAGCUGCAGGUUCGCAUAGAUGUUUUGAAAGAUAAACUCAAAGUCGCCGCUGCUGCUGAAAAGAAGCGUAAGGCUCAGGCGAAAAAAGAAAAUCCACGCAAAACACCAAGGAUAAACACAGCGAGCUCACCUGCAUCAGGUUCCGAUUAUCUCAGGGAACCUUUCUCAGUUUCACCAAUUGAGGAAGAAGAAGAACGUUCCUUUCCAGCCGCGGUAUCAAGCAGCAGUCCAUUCUCUGUUAGGAACCUGAGCGAGUUGGGUCAGCAUGGUACGGGAAGUGAUAGGAACAGGCCAGUCUCUAUUGAAGAUGAUGGACCCUUGGACUUCAGAUGCGGUUCUCAAAUGAAGGAUGAAAACAAAACCAUUGUUGAGGUGGAAAAAAGUGCAGAAAUAAGAACUCUACCUGAAAUGACACAUACCGCGGUAACCACUCAAGCUUUCAGGAUUGGUGCGAAAACUGUCGGGAUCGCCAACAAACUCUUCGACGACCUAUCUGAAGCGGUGAUGGUAUUGAAGCAUACACGUCUGUUAACGGGUUCUGGAAUUGCAGAUGAAGUUAUUCGCAAUUUCGAGAGAUCCAAUUACACCCACAAAUUGGAGAAGCCAAGAUUCUUCUUUCUCGGGAAAUCCAAUGAUACGCAUCCGCAUUUCAUGAUUAAUGGUGCACCCAGUCCCUCUAGGUUUAUUCCCAUGUUUACCAUACCAAUGACUGAGAACGAUGAAACCAUGUUGAAGAUUCACCAGCAAAAUGUGUUGAAAGACUCGGCACUAUUCCAGGCAUCCGCUACCGGGGGUCACAAUCCAAUUACUUGGUACUCUACACAGGAAACAUGGAAACCAAAGACAAAGGUUAUUGCGGUCACAGAAGAUGAAUAUAACCACUUGGUUGAAGUACGAAAAACUCGCUAUGACGAUUUAACAAUGGAAGGCGAAACAGGGGCGCAGAACGGAACUAAUGCAGGCCCGCGUUCGAGACCUGCUGUUUCAGCCACGGGGAGCCUUCGCAACCGACCAUUGGCACACACUAGUGCCGUAUGGCCAAAGUGGGCAGAGGAAUCUUGGGAACAUCAGCGUACAAUGGUAAACAGAGCUAAGCAUGUUGCGGCAGAGUGGAACAAAGAACAGAGAGAACGAGUUGAGACUGCUAAUACAAAUUUGCCUGCAGACAAACAAGUGAAAUUCGAAAGUGUAGAGUGGGAAAGAUUUAUGAGGGUAACUGGAAAGCCAAGGGCACCAAUUCGAUCCAUGGAAUAUUUCGAGGAAGAAGCGAAUAUUUGGGACAGUGAAAUUAAUAACGAUACGGUUUUGUUGAGUCCCGGUCCCGCAAUCUCUAACAAAGAACAAACACCGUCCCCGCUACCACAAGUGCAGAAUCCUAUAUCGGUUCCCUCAGCCCAAUCAGUGGGUCCCUUGAAUCAACAAAUGAUUCCCUUAGCUCAAUCAAUGAGUUCCUCAGCCCAAUCAAUAGGUCCCUUGAAUCAACAAACGAUUCCCUUAGCCCAAUCAAUAGAUCCCUCAGCUCAAUCAAUGGAUCCCUCAGCUCAAUCAAUGGGUUCCUUGAAUCAACAAACGAUUCCCUCAGCCCAAUCAAUGGGUCCCUCAGCUCAAUCACUGGGUCCCUCAGCUCAAUCAAUGGGUUCCUUGAAUCAACAAACGGUUCCCUCAGCUCAAUCACUGGGUCCCUCAGCUCAAUCACUGGGUCCCUCAGCCCAACCAAUAGGUCCCUCAGCUCAAUCAAUGGGUCCCUCAGCCCAAUCAAUGGGUCCCUCAGCUCAAUCACUGGGUCCCUCAGCUCAAUCACUGGGUCCCUCAGCCCAACCAAUAGGUCCCUCAGCUCAAUCAAUGGGUCCCUCAGCCCAAUCAAUGGGUCCCUCAGCUCAAUCACUGGGUCCCUCAGCUCAAUCACUGGGUCCCUCAGCCCAACCAAUAGGUCCCUCAGCUCAAUCAAUGGGUCCCUCAGCCCAAUCAAUGGGUCCCUCAGCUCAAUCACUGGGUCCCUCAGCUCAAUUGAUAGUUCCAACACAGAUGCAGAAUUCCGCAACAGUAACUCCUGUCACGGAACAGCAGCCAGUAGUAUUACAGUCUGUAGAAUCUCAAAUGCCCCCACCUCGUCUAUUCAAUAAUACAUUGUUGAUUGAUCAACCCAAACCAAUUCACAAUCAAAAUUGGCAUGAGGAACAUCGGUUUCGGAGCUAUGGUAAUGACACCAUGGAAUCAAGUUACCCCAACUUGAGCCGCAGUUAUACUGCGUCUCCACAGUUUCAAACAUCAUCUUCGGGACCCAUGCAGCAUAUGCGAAUCCAUGGAUUGAGACAGGCAAAUGAUAUGCAAAUUCCUCGGCACUUUUCCGCAUCUCCAAUACUGAGCCAUGGUCACUCCAGUCAGGCAUUCUAUACUCCGGACCCAAGCACUAGUGGCCCUGUCUUGAAUGGCUCUCCACCAAUGCAUCAAGACUUGCAGCAACAAUACACGACCCAACGAUUCCCACAUUAUCAGUUCCAGCAACAUCAGUUCCCACAACAUCAGUUCCCGCAACAUCAGUUCCCGCAACAUCAGUUCCCACAAAAUCAGUUCCCACAAAAUCAGUUCCCACAACAUCAGUCCGCGCAGCACCAUGCUCACCAGGGGCAGAUUCCACGUCAUGACAGUCAUUUCAUUCAACCUGAGUACAGUUCCCCGGUACCAGUACCAUUUGUGACGUUGGCUCAGGUUCAGAACUCAGCACAGAGCCUUGUUCAGACUCCAGAUUUACCAGGAGAUGAUAGCACAGGGGAGAGUGAACAAGGAAAUCAAACAGGACCUUGGGAGGAGCAAGAGUAAAUAAAUUGAAUCAGUUGCAGGGUCACCAUUGUUUUCCGUUUAAAAGGUCUCGCGAUUCGGCUGGUUAGCAUGCAUGGUCAUUAUCAUAGGGAAAAUUUGCACACUAGGGCCACCAUCUUUUUUUUUCACUUAUGACUUCAUAUGCCUUGGCGCAUAUAUGUACCUAUCUUAUCAUUCCCAUUGGGUUAACAAAUCCUACGAGGACACAGGGGAAUGCCCUAAGGUGUGCACUUGGUACGUAUAACGCACCGCUUGUACUCUUAGUUCUUCAGCACCUUCGUACUCAGCUAUUAUCGUAGCAUAACAGUUAGUUCGCUCGAAUAAUUAUUUACUUUCUCA